AUGGCAAUGGCUGCCACCGCUGUUUUCAAGCUUUCCUCCAACCCGACCGCCGCCGGAAACUGUAAUUAUGAUGAUUUUGUGAAGUCGUCGUCGUCCAGGCACCUCUCUUUCGCGGUUUCCGUCGCCGGCAAGAGCAUCGCGCCGCCGGCGCUACUUGGGCUGCGACGGCUUCGUUUAGGUGGUAAAUUGGGACGCCGGAGUCCGAUGUUCGUCUCACCGAAGGCGGUGUCCGACUCCCAGAAUUCUCAAACUUGCCUUGAUCCCGACGCCAGCAGAAGUGUCUUGGGUAUUAUUCUUGGAGGUGGAGCUGGUACUCGACUUUAUCCUCUUACAAAGAAGAGAGCAAAGCCAGCUGUUCCUCUCGGAGCAAAUUACAGGCUUAUUGAUAUUCCCGUGAGCAAUUGCUUGAACAGUAACAUUUCCAAGAUCUAUGUCCUAACCCAAUUCAAUUCAGCAUCCCUUAAUCGUCACCUUUCGAGGGCGUACGCUAGCAACAUGGGCGGUUACAAGAAUGAAGGUUUUGUUGAGGUUCUCGCAGCUCAGCAAAGUCCGGAAAAUCCCAAUUGGUUCCAGGGAACAGCAGAUGCAGUGAGGCAGUAUCUAUGGUUGUUUGAGGAGCACAAUGUUCUCGAGUACUUGAUUCUUGCUGGUGAUCAUUUGUACAGAAUGGACUAUGAGAAGUUCAUUCAAGCCCAUAGAGAAACAGAUGCCGACAUUACUGUGGCUGCCCUGCCCAUGGACGAAAAGCGGGCUACGGCAUUUGGUCUGAUGAAAAUUGACGAAGAAGGACGCAUCAUUGAAUUUGCCGAGAAACCAAAGGGAGAACAACUGAAAUCUAUGAAGGUUGAUACUACAAUAUUGGGUCUUGAUGAUGAGAGAGCCAAGGAGAUGCCUUACAUUGCGAGUAUGGGAAUAUAUGUCGUUAGCAAAGAUGUGAUGUUGAAUCUUCUAAGGGACGAGUUUCCUGCAGCCAAUGACUUUGGGAGUGAAGUUAUUCCUGGAGCUACUUCCAAGGGAUUAAGAGUGCAAGCUUACUUGUUUGAUGGCUACUGGGAAGAUAUCGGUACCAUUGAAGCUUUCUACAAUGCCAAUCUUGGAAUUACAAAAAAGCCAGUCCCAGACUUUAGCUUCUAUGAUAGAUCAGCUCCAAUCUAUACCCAACCUCGAUACUUGCCUCCUUCUAAGAUGCUUGAUGCUGAUGUCACGGAUAGUGUCAUUGGUGAGGGAUGCGUGAUCAAGAAUUGCAAAAUCCAUCAUUCUGUGGUUGGACUUAGAUCCUGUAUAUCAGAGGGUGCAAUCAUUGAGCACUCCUUGUUGAUGGGUGCCGAUUAUUACGAGACUGAUGCAGACAGAAAGUCCCUGGCAGAGAAAGGUGAGUUACCCAUUGGCAUUGGUAGAAACACUCACAUCAAGAAAGCCAUAAUUGACAAAAACGCCAGAAUUGGAGAGAAUGUGAAGAUAAUUAACAUUGACAACGUUCAAGAAGCAGCAAGAGAGACAGACGGAUACUUCAUCAAGAGCGGUAUCGUGACCGUAAUUAAGGAUGCUUUAAUUCCAAGCGAAACCGUGAUUUAG